AUCCAAACGAGUUUUACAAUUGGAUCAUCACAUUAAUUUUACACUCAACUUUCUCUCUCCUCUUCCACCCAUAUAAAGUCCCCUUUUCCCCAUACUUCUCAGCCGUCUUCCUCAUCUCCUAAAACCCAACAUAACAUUCUUUCUUCCUCCAAUAAAUCAUUCCUAAUUAAUGAUUAAGCACACAAAAUUCUGGUUAGGUUAUGGUUGCUGCUGCACUAAACUAUUACCCUAAGAGCCCACGCUCUUCUCCCUCUCCUUUCGGCUUCCUUCGCCCCCCUUUCUUCCGUUUCCUUCGCUUACAAUAUGCCUUCCCCUAAAGUUAAUCGGAACCCUAAAUUCACCGAGAGAUCGAACUCAUUCAAUGGGAAAAUGGGUAUUUUACCCACGUCGGAGAAACUCCGGCGACCCAAAACGGUGCCGGAUUUGACAUCAGCGAUGAGAAAUGGGUUUGUAUCUCCGACAUCGGAGGAAAUUAAGCCGAAAAAAUUGACGAAAGUGUUGGUGAAUGUGACGAUUCAAGGAAGUGUUGGUACGGUUCAGGUUCUCAUUUCCCCUGAAUUAACUGUCAAGGAUUUGAUUUCUGCUGCUCUUAAACAGCAUGCUAAAGAAGGUCGCCGCCCUCUUACUUCUUCCACAAACUUUGAUGAGAUUAAUCUUCACUAUUCCCAGUUUAGUCUUGAAAGUUUGGAGAGAGAUGAGAAGAUUGCAGAAUUAGGUUCUAGAAACUUCUUCCUAUGCAAGAAGAGGAAGGAGAUUGGAGAAGCUUCUUCAUCAUCAUCUUGCUCAACCCAGGCUGAGAAGGCUACAAUGCUUGGCUCUGCUUCAGCAUGCCCGCCAUGGCUUAAGUUCAUGAAUUUCUUGUUCUGAACUGCAGUACAUAUAUUAAAUUUAUGUGCUCAAUGAAAUUGUGCGUUGAAGGAACAACUUGGGCCAUAUUCUUUUUUUGCAUUCAAAACUAUCAUAUCAAUACUAAUAAUGUUUUAGAUUUUUUUUUUUUUUUUAAUUUGAAAGGUUGGAAAAAGAUUAUAGAAAUAGUAUAUUCUUAUUAUACUCAUUUUGCAAGAUUCUAGUGAUAAAGCUUAAAAAAUUAAUGCAAAAUGAGAGACAGAUGAGUAGAGCAGUGAAGUAGUACUGUAAUUUGUACAGGUUGAUUAUAAAAGGUUUAAAAAUUAAUCACUCUAUCCUUAUCAAUUUGCAUCACAGGAUUUAAAUGAUUUUUACCGUUUUGAAAUAGUUGCUAUAAUAAUAUGGGUUUAUGAUUA